CCAACAACGCGCAGCGUGUGCAUCGAUAAAAUCGAGCUCCGGCGCUCUCUUCGGUGUGGAAUUUAUUGAUUUUUCCCCUUUUGCGCCUCGGAACAUAGUGGUUGCUACGAGUCUUGUUCUAUCGUGAAUAAGAGCCCGUCGACGCACCUUAUCAGACUAUUAAUAAGAGCGCAAAAUGGCUACUGCAGCAAUGGCACACGAGAACCUGUGGUCGGAGAAGUCUACGAUGCAAACCGCGGAAAAGACGUACUUCGAGUACAUGUCGAAGCUUUCCGCUGCGGGGAAGAGUACGGAUUCGCAUGAUGGCGUGGCGCCCGCGGCUGGACCGAAAAUAGAACAACCGAAAAAAGCAAAUGCUUCCGUUCAGCAGCAAGCAUCGUCACAACAGCAGCCGCAAACGGGAAAGGCGGACGCCGUGCCGGUUGACUCCUCACCGGCAGCCGUCACUGACGCACCAAAAUCGAAGAAGGAUAAAAAGAAGAAAAAUAAGGGUAAAAAAGAAGGCACUCCGACUGAUACUGAGUCUUCCGAAAAGUCGGCUAGCAGCGCCAAUACUACUGCGGCAGCUGUGGUAGAAGCGGUGGUUACUACUUCUGAAUGCCAACCGGAAUCCGCUGAUACCGAACCAGCGGAGGUACCGAAAGAAUCCUCUAAGAAAAAGUCCAAGAAAUCCAAGAAGGCAAAGGCGCAGGAAGAUGUUUCGUCGGGACAGCACGCGGGCAUCAAUGAUAACAAGUACCAGGAGAGCCUGGUGGUGCAGCAGCAGAACGCCAAGAACCAGAAGGAGAAGGAAAAUUUGGCGCAUAAGCUGUGCGAUAACAUUACGGAAUUGAAUAAGAUCAACUCCGUUCCUUCUCAGUGCACUUUGGCUUCAGAGAUCUCGAAAGCCAGGCAACACAUCAAAAAUUCUCUCGAACGAAUGGAUGGUAUUGCCGCUUUAGCAGCUAGCCCCGGAGCAGAGUUGCUGGAUCGUUUGUCCUCGGUGGAGAAGGACAACGAGAAGCUUCGCUCGGUUAUCGAUGGACUUAAUAAUCUUCUCAUCGAUUUGGUUGGCCGAGUCGCAGCGCUCGAGUCGGGCAAGCCUGCUGCCGCUACCAAACCGGCUGCUGCUCCCGCCGCCAAAGCCGCUGCUCCUGCCAAAAAGGUCGACGAGGAUGAGGAUGAUGAUGUCGAUCUCUUUGGUUCGGAGGACGAGGAUGAAGAUAAGGCAGCUGCUGAGCUGCGUGAGAAACGCUUGGCUGAAUAUGCCGCCAAGAAGUCCAAGAAACCGGCACUGAUCGCCAAAUCGAACGUUAUCCUAGAUAUCAAGCCUUGGGACGAUGAAACCGACAUGAAGGUGAUGGAGCAGGAGGUGCGAAAGAUCAGUGCGGAUGGAUUGUUGCUCGGUGCAGCCAAGCUAGUACCGUUGGCGUAUGGCAUCCACAAGCUGCAGAUGUCGUGCGUCAUCGAGGACGACAAGAUUUCCGUCGAUUGGCUGCAGGAGGAGAUCGAAAAGAUCGAGGACUAUGUGCAGAGCGUGGAUAUUGCGGCAUUCAACAAGAUUUAAAAUGUAACACACGUUCAAUAGCAGUAGCAGCGGCUUGAGGCCACCCUGAGCGACGUUUUUAAUCGAUUUUAAUACAUGAUUCAAAAACUCAACGGUAGAAGAAUAACGGAAACAACCAACGCUGGUCGAUACAGUUCUAUCCUAGUGACGGUGGCUUCUUUCAAAUUGAAAGUACAUUAAUGAAAUAAUCUAUCUUAUUACAUCUGUGUAAAUCCGGGUUGGUCAAGUAAACACAUUUUCCACAUCUAAGUAGUCGCGUUGGUGGGUGUCAAUGAAUGAAAGGGAGUGAUAAAUGAAAAAAAGGGGAGAACAUUAUGUACUGCGAUACGAGAUUUUUAAUCCGACACACGAUAUAAGCUUAAAUAUUCUGCGUUUCCAUCGAACUGACGACUCCACGUUAACGUAGCGCAAUCGAUUAGACCUGUUGUCAUAUUGUAACUUGAAACAAUUUUUCCUUAUUGUAUCGAAACCCCGAUUAUGCCAGUGAUGGACAUUUCUGUCGGUAAAUAAAUUAGCGUCUAAAAGCAUGUUGUUUCUG